AUGAUACCGAAAGAUUUAACAACAGUGGGAAUGAAAUUGAGAAAUAUGAGCGUCAUGUUUUGCGGAAUUGCUGACUUUACAGAAAUUGCCGAAACAGCAGAUCUUGUGGUGUUUCUGAGUAUUGUCACUGAAUAUUUUGAACGUGUUUGCAAAAUUGUGGAAGUUCAUUAUGGUGUCAUUGACAAGAUUAUUGAAGGGUCUGUGAUGGUUCUUUUUGGGGCAGAGAAUCAUCAAGUUUGUGCAUGUCAUGCUGCAUUAGAGAUACUUGAAAGUUUAAGAGAAUUUGAAAAGAGAUGGGAGGAAUGUAAUUUUUCAAAACCUCAAGUGAAUACAAUAUUGGUAUCAAUAGUGGAGAAAUGCUUUGUGGAUGCAUGGAAUCCAAUAACCGUUUGA